AAAAAAGAUAUCAUUUUUACGUGAAACGUCACAACGACGUCCAAACAUAUCGAUCCAAGCACGCUACGACACGGGUCGACUGGCUAUUGUGGACGUCGGAAAGAGAAAUAUCAAGUCUACGUCUGCUCCCCACUUAUAUCAGGAGGGGGAAUCAUCCACCUCAUCUUCGGGGAUUUGCCCUUUUAAACCACCUGAUCUCAAAGGCAUCAGGGUUGCCUCUCAAGAACACAUUACGCCAGAAAAACUGAUCGAAAAAUUCCCGUUCAUGUCUGGAGGAAGCCAUCGACCCCAGAGCUGUAGGUCUGCUGAACGUUUGGCCAUAAUCAUCCCCUAUAGGAACCGGUUCGAGCAUCUGCAUAUUCUCCUCAAUACUUUGAUUCCUUUGCUUGUCCGACAGUUAGCUGACUUCCGCAUUUUUGUUAUAGAUCAGGACAUGCCUACCACCUUUAACCGAGGGAUGCUCUUCAACGUCGGUUUUUUGGAGGCUGAGAAAAUAGACAAUUUCGACUGUUUCAUCUUUCACGAUGUCGAUAUGCUACCUCUAAAUGAUCAUUGCUUCUACCGCUGCAGUUCGAACCCCAAACACCUAACAGCUGCCGUAAGCAAGUGGAAAUAUUCGCUUCCCUACGAGGGUUACUUUGGGGGAGUGGUUGCUUUCACCAAGAGCCAGUUCAAACACAUCAACGGCGAUUCCAAUCUCUACUUUGGCUGGGGUGGAGAGGACGAUGACUUAAAAGGACG